UCUUGACCUCUUCGGCCUUGUAUAAAUUCAACUGGCGCUAACUCACUUAGGCAGUUUAUCAGUGAACACGCUACAGAAAGGAUCUAAAGAGGCUUCUAUUGAAAGAUAUCCAUCGAUUGUUAUGGAGUACUUGACGCUUCCAAGUAAACCCGUGCACACGGCGAAUAGCUCACCAAAAAGAGCGCGAAGGGGCUCAGGACAAAAUAUUAAAAGUUUGAAUAUAGCRGUCUUAGGGAAAGAUGGCGUUGGGAAAUCWGCGUUUAUAGUUAGAGCACUAACAAGACGUUUCAUUGGAGAGUACGACUCAAAAUUCGAGUGUACAUACAAAAAUAACAUUGAAAUGGACGGUCACUCUUUGAAUGUGGAGAUCUUGGACUCGAUGGGAAAUAGCUCAUUGGCAAGAUUAGACUGCAGUACGUCAAACGUAGAGCUCUUCUUUGUUCUUUAUUCAACGACCGACCGCUCUUCAUUCACAGACGCUACAAAGCUUAGCAAACACCUCAACGAAGCCCGAAACAUCGACCCUGCUUGUAUCACUAUUGUAGCGACWAAAAACGACCUUAGACACUUAAAAGAAGUCGAAGAAUACGAGGGGCGUUUUCUCGCACAACAUAUAGGCUGCUCGUUUUACCAGAUAUCGAUAUCAGAUGGCUAUCUUGAGACGUUAAAAGCCGUUCACGAGGCAAUUCGCUCAUGUAUGAAUCACCAAAGUCUCAAGAAAAAAGGCGGGUUUUUUGACACCGUUUUGAGACGGAGAUCGUGGAGCGGUCAAUUAUAGAUUUAGAAACUAUUCAUUUACAUUCGUCAACGUUAUUUAUUUAUGAGAGUUCCAAGUUCAAAACAUUUUAAAAUGAAACAUGAAAUUUGUUUCAAUUCAUGAUACCUUGUACAUAAAUACGCUUUGGGAUAUUCUUAAGUAAGAAAUACAUGUAAUAAAAUAUAUGUAAUAAAAUGAAUAUAAGAAAGUUAUAUAAAAAACA